UGCUGUGUUAAAUCUCAGUAUAUAUGAGUAAUUAUGAGUAUAUGUAUGCCCUAGUCUAGUACAGGAACUAUAUAGACGAGCCCAAUUGGUUCCCAGCUUUCUUCGAUGCUCGUAGGACUUCACAAGCUGCGAGUGCGACUUGCCAGAGUAUGGCCAACAGGUGCCAAGCCCAUUUCCUGAUCCCGACAAUGAGUCGGAGACGGACCCAUGGUUUCGAUUUGCAGCUUCCCGAAACCGCAAUUGCUACGACUCCGACUUUUGGAAGGUGACUGAUCCAGAGAGCAAAUCCACGUACAACUUCCUGGACUACGUUGGGACGGGGCACAUGGCGCAUGACUUAGAUAGACUUCGGCAGGCCUUCGGGGCAGAGAAGCCUAGCAUCAAUGGAAUCAGUUACGGCGCAGCAGUGGGAUCUUCCUAUGCGGCAGUAUUCCCCAAGAACACUGACAAGCUUCUCUUGAAUGGCAAUGUCUACCCAGGACCAAAUGUGGAAGACUAUUGUGCUUCGGCAGCUGUCGCAUCCCGCCAUGUCAUGGUGAAGCUUGUCAAGAUUUGCCGCAAUGAAUUGGCGGAGACAUGUCAUCAAAAUGCAAACAGCCAGGCAUUGACCCUGUGGAUUUCUUUUUGGAGGUUGUGGCCAAGGUCAGAAAAAAUCCAGAUGCUUACUCAGCCCCAACAGAUGUGGGCACAAGAUUUGUGUUGACUCCCAGCAUGCUUUACAACUUCUUGAAUCUUCCUUUGUCUAAUGGGACGAUGCCAGCAUGGGCAAAGGUUUUGCAAAUCAUGAACGCCCUUGGCGAUCCCAACGACCUAGCCCGCCAGAAAGCAAUUCUCGAUGUUUUCAAGUACAACUGCAAAGACCAAUGGGAGAAGCAUGGUUAUUGUGCAGAGGACAUGAUGUAUUCAACCAACACUGACUUAGACGGUGGUGUCACUGAAAAUGCAGUCCGAGCAAUGGACUACGCUGGCUGUUACACCCCAACGGAUGCCACGCUCUUUUUCCGUGAGUUGAAGCCAAAAUUCCAUGGGGUGGAGUUGUACUUUGCCAACAUCAAGGCUGGUUUUUGGUUUGCUGACUUGGCCAGGUGAACCCGCACCGGUCAUGUUCGGCUCUCGCGGGGGUGUGCAAGCAUUUAUCGUGAACUCUUUGUAUGACCGCGCCACGCCUCACUACUGCGCCCAGCUCAUGCGAGCUGCCUUUCCAGAUGGCGUCCUAUAAUAUAUACAGGGCAUUGGCCAUGGGAUAAACCCAGCAUUUUGGGACAGGUAUUUUACCACCCGAUGGCUUUACCUGCCACCAAACCAUGAGGGCCACAUGUAGAGGGCUGGCUGGAUGCUGAGCACACUGUCCCGGGUUCAGAUUGAUUAUGAUCAAUCAAGACCCUGAAGUUUUGAAUCAUGCCUGGACACCUGAGGGUGGCACCAGACCGAAGCCGCACGAGAGCAUUUGCAUUCUUAUCCAAGUUCUAAAGUCAAUCUCUUUAUCUCUUUGCACUUUCUAAUGCCCGCCUUGUCACAUUUGCCAAAAGUGCAAUGUGAAUGUUGAAGCUUGCGAUGGCGGAGAUUUCAACAAAGGUGAGCCAAUCGGCAAUUUCAAUAUCAGAACAAUAUGUCA